AUCCUACAUUAAACACACUUACACAACACACAACACACAUCUUUAGAUCUCUCUCUCUCUCUCUUGACUCUCACAUACAAAACUGCUCUUAUGGAGAAGAGCAGGUCUUUCCCUUCUGCUGCUCAGUACCACUCCUACAGCUACAUAGAGGGGCGAACUGCGGCGAAUUCGUCGUCGUACUCGUUCAACGGGCCGAGCGGGACGCGGGACGGGUUCGCGAGCUCGGCCGACCCGGAGCUGAAGCGCAAGCGGCGCAUCGCGGCCUACAACGUCUUCGCCGUCGAGGGGCGGCUCAAGUCAUCGGUCCGCAGCGGCUUCAAGUGGAUCAAGUCCAAGCUCUCCGACGCCCGCUACGGCAUCUGAGACGCAACCGCGUGCAGAUAACAGAAUAAAAGCACCGAAGGCUCAAUCUCAGCUGUUCAUCGUUUUGGUUUUACGUCCUCCUGCACUUGCGUAAACGCUGCACUUAUAACAAAAUAAAAGAUUGAAGACUCAAUCUGAUCCGUCCAAUCAUAUAUUUACUUUAUUCGUAAUAUGAUGUGGUAUCUAUUUCGUUGUUCGUGCAUUCGAGCAUAAACGUUUUCGUCUAUAAGUGAUGGACAGGUGAAAUUGAGCCUUCACUUUAUUUUAUUAAUUAGUGCGCUUUUCAUCUGAGCAGAAACUGAAAAACAAGCCUAGUCUCUCUCUCUCUCUCUCUCUCUCUCUAUAUAUAUAUAUUUUUAUCACUCUUUUUUUUUUUUUGGGUUGCUUUUGUUCUUAAUGUAGAAUUAGUGUAAAAAUGGUAUAUGUGUCUUAUGGAUGAAGUUUUGAAUAAUUGGUUAAAAAGUGGAUUAUGGGUUUAAUAUUAGUAAUUUAGGCUUGGUGGUAUGUUAAAUCAAAACUCUUUUUUUUUUUCUUUUUUUUUUGUGUUUCUCUGUGAUGGAAGUGUUUGUAUUAGAAUUGUUAUAAUCUAUGCAUUUGGAAAGGUUUUUUU